ACUAAUGCUAAAUCAAUUCAAAAAGUUUAGGGAAGAUAUGGCAAAAGAGAUGAAGCAUAUAAUGAAAACACCGGGCGAACAUAAGGUAGAAAUCGAAAGUUCAAAAAAAACAACUGGCAGGCUUACCCCAACGCGCUGUUUGGCGGUCGCCUCCGCCCUGGCACAGCUCCUUCCUCCCACGGACAUGGCCCCAGGCGCCGCCACCAUAGCCAUGAAGGUUGGAAUAAUUGGCGGAACAGGCCUGGAUGAUCCAGAAAUUUUAGAAGGAAGAACCGAAAAAUAUGUGGAUACUCCAUUUGGCAAGCCAUUCGAUGCCUUAAUUUUGGGGAAGAUAAAAAAUGUUGAUUGUGUCCUUCUUGCAAGGCACAGGAGGCAGCACACCAUCAUGCCUUCAGAAGUCAACCACCAGGCGAACAUCUGGGCCUUGAAGGAGGAAGGCUGAACUCACAUAGUAGUGACCACAGCUUGUGGCUCCUUGAGGGAGGAGAUUCAGCCCAGCGAUAUGGUCAUCAUUGAUCAGUUCAUCAACAGGACCACCAAAAGGCCUCAGACUUUCUAUGAUGGAAGUCAUUCCUGUGCCAGAGGAGUGUGCCAUAUUCCAGUGGCUGAACCAUUCUGCCCUAAAACGAGAGAGGUCCUCAUAGAGACUGCCAAGAAGCUAGGACUCCGGUGUCACUCAAAGGGGACAGUGGUCACAAUUGAGGGACCUCGUUUUAGCUCCUGCGCAGAAAGCCUCAUGUUCCGUGCCUGGGGGGCAGACGUUAUCAAUAUGACCACAGUUCCAGAGGUGGUUCUUGCUAAGGAAGCAGGAAUUUGCUAUGCAGGUAUUGCCAUGGCAACAGAUUACGAUUGCUGGAAGGAGCACGAGGAAGCGGUUUCAGUGGACAAGGUCUUAAAGAUCCUGAAAGAAAAUGCAAAUAAAGCCAAAAGCUUACUCCUCACUACCAUACCCCAGAUAGGGUCCAUGGAAUGGUCAGAAACCCUCCACAUGCUGAAGAAUGUGGCCCAGUUUUCUGUUGUAGUACCAAGACAUUAAAAUAACGUGGCUGCCCAGGAGAAAAGAAGGCUUUGUAAUUCUAGUCACUUUAGGAAUUCCUGCUUAACUCGAAAGCAGCUUUCUUGCCCUUGCCCACUGAGGAAGAACGUGUGAUACGAAAGAUAAGAAACUGCACAUAUUAGCAACUCCUCCUACAGGAUUUGGGCUGCUUCAAAAAACAGAAGAAAAACAAAUGACCAGGAAACAGCUGGGAAAAUCUUACAACUUGGAGAACAGACAAGAGGUAGAUCACCCCCCAUCUCUCCUGUGCACACAUAAAUUUGCAACAGUAAAAUGAGGAGGAGUUUUCCAUAUUGCCAAGGAAUAUGAAGAAGAAAUUAGACUCUCUCGCUGUUGGUGUGACCGUAAAUUGGUACAGUCUUUUCUGCAGAGAAAUUUGGUAAAACAUAUCAAGAGGCUUACAAAUAUUUAUACCCUUUGAACUGGUUAUUCCUAGGAAUUUAUCUUUAAAAAGUUAUCAAAGAUACAUACAGAGAAUUAUAUGGAAAGAAGGAUGUUCAAUUUAGUGUUAGUUAUAAUAGCAGAAAUUCAAAACAAUCUGAAUAUCCAACAAUUGAAAUAAAUAAUGAUCUAGCUAUAAUAGAUUUUAAAGCAGCCAGCUGAAGAUCACAUUUUCAGAAAAUAUUUAAUGUCCUAAAGAUAUGGUUGCUUUGUAAUCUGAAGUGGGAAAGGGAUAUGUAAACAUUUUACAGUAUUAAGUUUGGUUUACAUUUCUAUGUAUCCAUACAAAAGGAUUAGAAAGAAAUCUAUAUAUAUAUAAUCUUUUGUUACUGGAUUUGAGGAAGGCAUACUGGAUAAUUUUUAUUUUCUUUACAUUUUUCUGUAUCUUCACAUUUUUCUACGUUGACUAUAAGCAAAUAAUAAAGUUGUUUGUUUUAGAAAUAAAAAUGGACUUAAAGCUAGAUCUUGAAUACACAGUUUCUUGUAAUGAAGCAACAUUUGAGACAGUACUACUAAGAUUGCUACAUCUUUAUGUCAUUAAAAAAGAGUCUCAUUAAUGACUAUAUAAUCAGCUUGAGUUUGUAACAGCUUCCUCAGAAAAACUGGGUGUUUAAUACUGAGUUAGUCUAAAAGUUAAACUACUUAAUAGACUGCAUACACACCUUAUAGUGUGUCAGGUAUUUUUAAAAUUAAUAUUUGACUUGUUUCUACUCCUUUCAUGAGCUGAAUUUUACAUGAAUUGGUGAUUUUUUUUAGAUAAAAAAAGAUAAAGUGGAAGCUUGCUUUCAACUGUUUAUUGUUAAUUUUAUAGGAAUGCUUUUUGUUUUUGUUGAAAGUUUUCUAUCACAAGGAAAUCUUAUUAUUUUCUCCUUCAGAAUUAUUAUUUUACUUUUUACUGUUGUCUGUUGCAGGGUAAUGGUGAUGUUCUUUUGUCAACCUAAAAAGCCUGUAAAGUCAAUGUGUUUCUAUGCGAUUGUCUUCAGGAUAAUAAGUGUCAAGUGUCAAUUUUCAACAAUAAAAUAAACCAGAUACCCCUCUGGAAAAAAAAAAAAAAAAACAACU